CCUCUUCCACCUCCAUCCUUUUCUUCCUCCUUUCUCCAACCAAGGUUAAGGUGCUUUUGUUAGGACUAAGAGUGCCUAGAGAGGUGUGUUAUAGGGUGCUUCUUAAGGAAGAUAAGGUUAGAAAAAGUCUUCGCUCCUUGCCAAAAUCCUGGAGUUUAAUCAAGAUGACAAUAGAAGAAGCUCAUGAUUUAAGUGCCAUGACUGUUGAGAUGCUGCAAGGGAAGCUUCUUACACAUGAAAUGGCCAUGAAAAAUGAUGAGAGUGAUGAUGAUUCUCGGAAGAAGAAAUUGUAGCUUUCAAAAGCUCCUCCAAAGAUGAAAGUGAUAGUGAUGAAGAGGAUGAUGAAGAAUUUAUAGUGCUUGCUCGAAAGUUUAAGAGUUUCUUGAGGAAAGACAAGUUGAAGAAUCAAGGACAACAAAAGAAAAAUUACAAAAGCAG